AGUAUAAGAAGUAAACAAUUUAAAAACCUAGCAUUUUGGUAGGUAUAAAAAGGACUGUCAGCCCAACCGCCGUCCGCCACCUCCGCCCACCAUCGCUGCUGUAAAACCACCGUCUAACUCCAUGAAAUACGGCUAGCACCUCAAUGCACCGUUAAAAUUAAAAAUCAUGGCAACGGUACAUUAAAACAGUCCAAAAUCAUCAUUUCUUCACCAACAGAAUCCCAACGUUUAACUUGCUAACGCCAUCGACUAAACACAAGGUCCAGCAGCUCCUUUUUGCUAUUUCCGGGGGGUUUCUAUCGGUCGAGGUCACUUCCUGAGUUCAGUUUGGUGUUGGAGAUGAUCACCAAGCAGUUAGAUUUGAUGGUGGAAAGGAAGUAGUGUUUUCAUGCUUGCUUCAAAGGAUGGAAGCGAUGACGCCCUGUUUGUCGAAAUCUUCGUGGACCUUCUGGAUUGCUUCACGUUUAUUUAUGCGAUUGAAACAGUCAGCAAGUUUGCUACCUUGUUCAGCUACAACCUUGGGUAGAAAAUCAUAGACAUCAGUAUCAGAUGAGAAAGCAAUGCACGCGCUUUUGAAAGCAAAACAGAAUCUGUAAUUAGCAUUAAGUUUCUCAGAGACACACCGUGCAUCGUAAGAAAUAACAGAGUAGUGAUGGAGAAAGAAGGAGAGCUACAUGAAUCUUCUACUCCUUGCUUGUAUUUAGUCUCUGCUUUCCUCGCCUGUGAACCCCCUGAUUUUGUUGUCUCAUUUGCCAGGGAUUUUGGAGGUGGUUCCAUUACGGAAAGAGUGCAAAGUUUCAUAUGGAACGUAUGUAUCAAGAAAUCAGAUGUGAAGUGUAAUUUGCCUUAUUUGAAAAGAUUCUUAAAGAAACUCAUUGUUGAAAUCGAGUCAAAUGGGGACGUUGUUUUGGAUGAAUUGUAUGAAAAGUAUAUUUAUUGUCUGGCUUCUGUGAAGGAUGAUGAAUUGGCAAAAGGAAGCACAAGAAUGUUAAGAAGAUUUUCGUUUCUAUUUCCCAAGGAUUGUUCACAACCCUCAAGUUGUCAAAUAUUUAGGAAAUUGGAAGUCACGUUGCAAUGUUCACUCAACAUGCUUGAAGGUGAUACAGGGUGCUCAAUCUGGCCAUCAGGUUUGUUCCUUUCAGAGUUCAUACUUUCUUUUCCAGAAGUGUUCUUGGACAAAUCUUGUCUUGAGGUUGGUUCGGGUGUUGGAUUGGUUGGUGUCUGUCUAGCUCAGACAAAUUGCUCCAAGGUAAUACUUACAGAUGGUGACUUGUCAACUUUAGCAAACAUGAAGCUCAACUUGGAGUUAAAUCAGCUGGGCACUGAUAUAUUAGGACAUACACAAAGAAACAACACGUUGCAGUGCUUGUAUUUGCCAUGGGAGUCUGCCGCAGAAAAUGAGCUACGUGAAUUCAUGCCAGAUAUAGUUUUGGGUGCAGAUGUGAUAUAUGAUCCACUGUGCCUCCCUCACCUUGUUCGAGUCCUCGCGAUUCUUUUGAAGCGGGAAGAUCUCAACGUAAGUCAUUUAAAUAAUGGCUGCAAGGACUCCUAUCCACCUGACCGGAGAUGUUUUGAGAGUGAAGAAACUAGUUCAGCAGGUGAGCUUGAUAUAUAUGGUGAUCCUCAUGCUGAGCAUUUGUCGCCUGUUGCAUAUAUUGCCUCGGUAAUUCGCACUAUCGACACAUUCAAUUAUUUCCUUUCGUUGGCAGAAAAAGAGAAGUUACUUGUAUCCGACAUCACUGAAACAAUGAAGCCACUUGACUUGCUUCCUUAUGUAAAGUCAUACCAGCGGUCUAACGUAAGGAUGUUUAAAAUUUCAUAUUUGCACAAAUAAGACUACUAUGUAACCAGACAGACUUAAGUCUGCUGUUUGGAAAUCUCUGGCUUGUUGCCACAGGUGAGAAAAAUGUUGAAGUAUACUAUUACAAGAGGCGAAAGUUUUUUUUUUUUUUUUACGAGGUACAAAUAGAAAUUUCUCUUUAUUUGA